GGCUUGGCGGGGGGGAAAUCCCAGGUCAUGCCUAUAUAAAACACCGGAGCACAGGUUAGGCAGCUCAUUACAGCUUCAGGAUGAAGUCCUCUCCGUACACACGCAGCGUCCUCCUCGCUUUCACGCUCUGUAUCACUCUCUACAAAGCCCAGGUGGGAGGGAGUGCAUUUGUUCCAGCAAGAUGCUCCUGUCCGGCGACGUACACAAACAUGAGACUAAAACUCACAGAUUUCACCGUCAUCAGCAAAGGCUCACACUGCAGCGCAGAUGAAAUCAUAGUCCGGCUGGAGAGGAACAACAAGGAAGUGUGUUUGAGUCCGGAGGGGCCACGUGGAAAGAGAUUGCUCAAGUGUUGGAACCGGAUCCAAGAAAAUGGCGGGAAUAAGAAGAAAUGCCUGCGGAGACGGACGCGGAAGCAGAGGAAGAGGUCCGGACCGGGAAAAAGAAGGACCACUUCCUGAACCUGCAGCGAGAGAUGAGCGGGGCGUUGUGGGAUUGUCGUGCUGACCCAGACCUCAGACAGGACCAGUACUGCAUAGGAUAGGGCGCAUUCAGGAGCUCCGUCACCCCUGGAUCUACUGAGGAUCUACUGAGGAUCCGUGCACUUACACAGCCAAGACGACACCAGUGCUGCAGGCCAGUCUGGCCGGACACCGAGGGCUCCAGCCUCUGUCCGCUUUGAGCCCAGGACAGAGAACCCUUGAACAAAGUGACUCCAUGUUCCAAUGUGGAUUAAAAAAAGCUUGAAGGCAUUCUUGUUGAAUUAAAACAGUCUUUCCCAGGGGAAAACAUUAAUCUUUUAUAAAUAAUAUUUGUAUAUUUAAAGCCUUAUGGACACAAUGUAGCAAACACAUUUUUUGUAUUUAACCUUUUAUUUUUUUUCUCCCUUGUGUGUAAUUUGAAAAU